CCUGCCAUCAUCCUCUAUACCUCAUCAUUUCAUCUCUCAUCGUGUCUAGGGCCUUGCUGCUCUGUGCAUUACCUGACACCCCGCUGGCAGAUUGAAAACUACCCACAACCCCUCCAGUUUUCUUCCGCCGCCCCUCACAGUCCCGAUCUAGUCAUGGCACCCUCUUCGACGACCGCUGGGCGGAUAGACGAAGCCCGGGGUCUCGUGAAGAGCGACCCUUCCAAGGCCGAGAGCAUCCUCAAGGAAAUUCUCGCGCAAGGUCCCGGUUCAUCUGAGGCCUCAUCGCGCGAUUACGAGAAUGCCCUGGUGUUGCUGGGAGAGCUCUACCGGGACCAGAAGAAGCCCCACGAGAUUGCCGAACUCAUCAAGACCAGCCGCGAUUCUUUCUCUUCAUUCGCCAAGGCAAAGACGGCUAAGCUGGUCCGCCAGCUGCUCGACCUGUUCAGCGAGAUCCCGAACACCCUCGAUAUCCAAGUCUCCGUCAUCCAAUCAUGCAUUGAGUGGGCCAUCGCCGAGCGGAGGUCCUUCCUUCGUCAGAACCUCCAGACUCGCCUUGUGGCCAUCUACAUGCAGAAACAGACCUACUACGAUGCGCUCACCCUCAUCAACUCCCUCCUCCGCGAGCUAAAGCGCCUGGAUGACAAGCUCAUGCUUGUUGAGGUGCAGCUGCUGGAGUCGCGGGUUUACCAUGCAUUGGGCAACCAGGCCAAGGCACGUGCUGCUUUGACGGCAGCCCGGACAUCGGCUGCCUCCGUCUACACGCCGCCGAACCUGCAGGCCGGUCUGGAUAUGCAAAGUGGUAUGCUACACGCCGAGGACAAGGAUUUCAACACGUCAUUCUCCUAUUUCAUUGAGGCUCUAGAAGGGUACAGCUCCCUUGAUGAGGGAGAGAAGGCCACUGCGGCCCUCCAAUAUAUGCUACUAUGCAAGAUCAUGUUGAACCUGGUGGACGAUGUGACGAAUUUGCUGGGAUCGAAGCAGGCUCAGAAGUAUGCCAGCCCGCGACUCGAGGCCAUGAAGGCUGUGGCGCGUGCCCAUGCCAACCGGUCCCUAGAGGAGUACGAGAAGGCACUCUCGGACUACCGAUUCGAGCUGGGCAGUGAUACAUUCAUCCGCAACCACCUCCGCAGACUGUACGAUGCCAUGUUGGAGCAGAACCUGAUCAAGGUUAUUGAACCUUUCAGCCGGGUCGAGCUGGACCACAUCGCCAAGAUGGUUGGGCUGGACACGCAGCAGGUGGAGCGGAAGCUCUCCCAGAUGAUCCUGGACAAGGUGAUUAUCGGAGUGCUCGACCAGGGGGCAGGAUGCCUGAUUGUCUACGAUGAGACGGAGCGUGAUCAGGCAUACGAUGCUGCGUUGGACACGAUUGAGAAGUUGAGCAAUGUGGUGGAAGAGUUGUACACUAAUCAAGCAUCGCUGCUGGACAACUACACGCCCAUCUCUCCGGCCCUGCGCGGUCUGUCUCAUCGCCCCAAGGAUCUCCAUCCUCCAAUUCGCGGAUCUUCCCUUGCGGCCUCACCGUCUCAUCACGGACCAACCAUGAAUGCCCCGAUCCCACCCAACUACGGCCGUGGGUUCCCCCCACAAGCCGCCCAACGCUCCCCUGCCACGCCUCGUCGCGGUCCUCCAGGUCCUGCUGCUGCGAUGCCUGUCCCCAUGCCUCAGCACGCCGUUCCCCCUCAGUACAUCCCUCCCCAGCGCAACAUGCAGCCUCCCAAUGACGCCGCCCUGCGUCGCAGCCGCAAACCCACCGACAAGAACAUCCCCGACGGCAUUGAAGAAGUAAUCAUCGGCGAAGGCGUGCAGCAGUACAAGAGCCUCCGCGACCUGGAGAAGCGCCUCGAUGCAGCCAUUGUCCGUAAGCGCCUGGACAUCCAGGACUCCAUCAGCAAGACUGUCAAGAAGUACCGCACGAUGCGCAUUUGGAUCUCCAACACUGUCGAAAACCAACCCUGGCAGACUGCCAACGGUGCCGCCCCCGGAAGCAACCCCGGCUCCGGACGGUACAAGGUGCGCAUCGAGGGACGUCUUCUAGACGACGACAGCGACCCGACCGCCCCGGAGGACAGUGACGACGAAGCUACCGAGCAGACGGACAACGGCGACGCAAUGGAGCAAGAUGGACCCAACGCCAAUGCCACGACCAAGAAGUCGUCCAGCAAGCGCUCCAAGCAGCGUUUCUCGCACUUCUUCAAAUCCAUCACCGUCGACUUCGACAAGUCCUCCACCGCCAGCCCGGAGGAAGUCAAGCCAAUCACCUGGACCAAGCCGCAAUUACCCCCUAACACCGUCACCCUGCCACCCACGGCAGACUUCGACUCGAUGCAGUUCACCCGCGCGUCACAGGAGAACCUGAACGUGACAUUUAGUCUCGUGCGCGACGAGACACCAGAACGGUACAAGCUAAGCAAAGAGCUAGCAGAAGUACUAGAUGUGGAGGAAGAAACACGGAGCGGCAUUGUCCUCGGCAUCUGGGACUACAUCCGCGCCAUGGGCCUACAAGAAGACGAAGAGAAGCGACUCGUCCGCUGUGACCAUCGUCUCCGAUCGAUCUUCGGCCGCGACCAAAUGUUCUUCCCCCAAAUCCCCGAAAGCAUCGGCCCACACACCAGCCCCAUCGACCCCAUCCACCUCCCCUACACCAUCCGCGUCGACGAAGACUACCACAAGGACCCGACCCCCACCGUCUACGACAUCCAAGUCGCCCUGGAAGACCCUCUCCGCUCCAAGAUGCUCGCCCUCACCCAGAACCCGCAAUACACGGCAUCCAUGCGCCAGAUCGCCACGCUAGACGACCAGGUCGCUCUCAUCGUGCAGGCCCUGACGCACUCCCGCGCCCGUCACUCCUUCUACACGGCUCUCAGCAAGGAUCCCGCGACUUUCGUCCGCCGCUGGAUUAACUCCCAGCGCAGAGACCUGGAGACUAUCCUUGGAGAGGCGACACGUGGUGGUGGCGAAGAUGCUAGUGGUCCUGAGUUCCGUCGUGGUGGUACAGAUGGCGUUUGGGAUACGACUGUGGCGAGGGAAGCGGUCCGGUAUAUGCUUGCGAAGCCGGAGGCGGCGAUGGGGAGGUGAUUCUUAACUAGGUAGUUUACUCGUUAGGAUUGGUUGCUUGUGGAGAUGUGGUAUUAUUUAAGUUACUAGUGAUGUGUGACUGGUGUAUUAUCUGAUCAGCGAAGAAAAUAACUCUUUACGAACGAUACUAGUUUAGUUAGUCGGUUGAGUUGGGCUUGUUUGUUCGAUGGGGGCGCUUUCGUGGUGUUUUUUUGUCUUUGGUUGGUAUUGUUUUCGGGAUGGAUCAUGCUUUUUUCAGCUCUUAUUGAAGUCUUUAGUUCCCUUGUCAUCUAUAAUAUAUUGCUUGGUUGAAAUACAG